AUGGAGUCCUCUGAUCCAAAAUUACGGGACAUUGAAGCAAAGAUAGAAAAGGAGAAACGGGUCAUAAAGGGCGCUGAACAAAUGUUAUCGCAGCUCAAAGACCAGAAUGCUCUUGAGCAGUGCCAGGUUACCGUCUCGGAAGCUCAACGCCGCCUCGAAUUUCUCGAAGGAGAAUACAAGCGAAUGAAUAUGAAGAAACGGAAGGCUACCUCCGUCGACGUAUUGACUUCCUCCUCAUUGAAUUCGGUAGCACCCUCUGAAACUCCUACUUCAACUACUACCGACGCUAGUAGCGACCCUUCCCCAGCUUCUAUAACCAGUAGCAGCAACGGCGGCGAUAAAUCCCCGGCAUUCAUAUCACGAGCUACUGCUCUAUUCCGAUCUACACAUCAGCUAAACAGUCCUGGAUCUGUCAGACGUGCUGGUACUGAAGUCACGUCCUCACAACCAAACUUGUCGCAGUCUGCAUCCAAUUUUGGUGGUAGCUCGACACUGCAGUCAUCAGGCGGAUCUAUAAUGCUGUCAAAUGCUAAUAUGGGAGGGGCUAAUCACAUGUUUAGCUCAUUCUUGUCGAAUUUGGGACUAAACAAGUCUGGUGUCGCCAACAGUAAGGUUGGAUUGAAUGUUGCAUCACAGGAUAAUCUAGCGCCACCGCCCGUGUCACAGUCUAGUAAAGUUUUGAGCUCAUUUGACUAUUUGAGACACGAAACCGCCAUCUCUGCAGAACAGGUUAAAUAUAAAUUAAAAUCCGUAGAGCAAAAGUUGGAUGUCGAACAAAAAGUCAAGGCUGGUACCGAAAAACUAUAUCAGGCUGUAAUAAGAGACCCAGAACAAGAUAAACGCAGGCAGCAGGAAGUCGCCGCUAAGAAAGAAGAAGCUGAUGCUCGUGUGCAGAUCUUGAACAAGGCUGUACAACGAUACAAGGGCUUGUAUGUCGCUGAUGAUGAAGAUGACGACGAAGAAGUAGUAGAACAACAACAUCAAGCAGAAGAAGCAGAGACUGUGCCUAGUCUAGUAUCUAAACCCGAUACGCAUUCCAUGUCGGAUAUGUCGACAAUCCCUUCGCUGAAUGUGGAAGGUACUGGUGAUUCUUCACCACCCAAAGUCGAUAGUGCUACAGUCAAUAGUGUGUCGGAUAAGGAUGAGCAUUCGCCUUCGCUUGCUGUUGGUGGUGAGGGUAGUACAAUUAUAUCCAAGGCAGAGAGUGUAGGAAAUCUGAAACCGGCAGCGUCAAGUGAUUCACCACUGUCUGGAGACGACACCGAAGCAAGUCUCAAUCGCAAGACAAUGACUGGCCGAUUACGCAUGAAGCUGCUUGGAGCAAACAAUCUCCCAGGCAAAAUCUCACAUAAAACCGAAACAUACGCCAUUGUCCGUAUCGAUGGUGCCCAACGUGCCAAAACAAGAGCAAACCGCUCUCGCUGGGCCGAAGAUUUAGACAUUGUAUGUGACAAGGCCACCGAAUGUGAAAUAGCAGUAUACGAAAAGGGAGGCACCAUAUUAGCGCUCGUAUGGUUUAGAAUCGCUGAAUUGGAAGAUGCCAAAAAAAUCAAAAGCUCUGGAGUAGUCAUGACUACUCUAGUUGCGGGUGGAUUGUCGCCUGGUAGAGAAAGCACAGCUACCACUACAACAACUAAUACGGGACAUCAUCAGUCAGCUACCGAUGUAUCGAAUAUCCAUACACGAGAAUCGGUUGGUGGUGAAUCUGUUGGAUCACAUCAAACGCCUGUCGACAAGGAUGGAUCUGGUGAUAUCACACCUGCUGAAGGGGCUGAAGAUUCGUUCAAGGAUGAGUUGUGGUUGGAUAUGGAACCUGCUGGGCAAUUAUGUGUCAGGUUGUCUUUUAUGCCUGAGCAACGAGUGUUACGGCGACGUAAUGAGGGUGUCAUGAGACGAAAACCAGUACAACGUGGUAAGGUUAUGAGAGGACACAAAUUUGUGCCAAUCAAUACCUACUCUGUUAUGAAAUGUGCUAUUUGUAUGGAGUUGUUUGUCAAUUCUGGGUAUCAGUGUUCAUGGUGUAAAUAUGCUUGUCACAAGAAGUGUUAUAGUCGUGCUAUAACGAAAUGUAUUACAAAGGGAGAUCAGGAGGAGAAGGGUGACGAAGAGGAAGAAGACGGUAGUGAUUUGACAUCUCUAGCACUACACAAAAUCCCACAUCGAUUCGAACCCUUUACAAACAUUGGCACAAAUUGGUGUUGUCAUUGUGGUCAAAUCCUUGCUAUUGGACGUGGGAAAGCGCUCAAAUGUACAGAAUGUAGUUUCUCAUGUCACAAGGAAUGUAUGCCACUAGUUCCCAACCUCUGUGGUCUAUCACCCGACGUCGCCUUCCAAAUCGUACAAGCAGUCGACACGGCCGAAAAAGUACGAUCUGGCAAAAACAAUAAUAAUAUAGCCCGUCUCCCUCGUGACGACUCGAGUAAUAUCAUCCCACCAUCAUCAUCACAUACACAAUUGAAAUACUAUGGACGAGACAAUACCGCUGCAUCGUCUCAGGAAAUUGAUCCAUCGUCAUUCGCAACUACUAUGGAGAAGAUGCCACCGUCUGCUAGUAAUCUGAGUAGAGUUGUAGGCCCCGCUGGUGAAUCGAGAACUUCGGAAACCGCGUUGCCACCACCGCCUAUACCUCAACAGCAGCAUACACCGCAGUUAGAAGCUAGAGAUAGUGUUACUACCUCGACUGUGACGGCUGCACCUAGUACUGCUAAGUCGACAACGCCACUCGUACCAUCAUCGACAGUUGCUGUGACUGAAAAACAGCAGGUAGCUAAUCAGACUAUUAUGGGAGCCAAAGGCAAAGGUAGUGCUGCUGCUGGUGGGCCACCGUAUACCGGGCCAAAGGGUAUUGGGUUGGAGGAUUUCCAGUUUUUGGCUGUUUUGGGCAAGGGUAAUUUCGGAAAGGUCAUGUUGGCAGAAGACAAGUAUACCAAGAGUCUUUAUGCUAUAAAGGUGCUCAAGAAGCAGUUCAUCUUGGAGAAUGAUGAAGUUGAGAGGCAAGUCCUUAUGUCCGAGAAGCGGGUCUUCUUGAUUGCCAAUAAGGAACGACACCCCUUCCUUGUCAACUUGCAUUCAUGUUUCCAAACUGAAUCUCGAAUCUACUUUGUCAUGGAGUAUGUUUCUGGUGGUGACCUUAUGUGGCACAUCCAAAAGCAGCAAUUCUCCGAAAAGCGAGCCAAGUUUUAUGCUUGUGAAGUGCUUUUGGCGCUAGAGUACUUCCAUAGGAAUAAUAUCGUGUAUAGGGAUUUGAAACUGGACAACAUCCUCCUAACACUAGACGGCCACAUAAAAAUCGCCGACUACGGUCUCUGUAAAGAAGGCAUGCCAUAUGGAUCCACCACAUCAACAUUCUGUGGAACGCCCGAAUUCAUGGCUCCCGAAAUCCUACAAGACAAACCAUAUGGCAAAGCAGUAGAUUGGUGGGCACUAGGAGUCCUGAUUUAUGAAAUGUUGCUUGGUCAGUCACCCUUCCGUGGUGAAGAUGAAGAUGAAAUCUUUGAAGCCAUCUUGGAAGAUGAUAUCUUGUAUCCGGUUACGAUGCAGAGGGAUGCGGUUACGUUGUUGCAGAAGCUGUUGUGUAAAGAUCCAUCGAAACGAUUAGGAUCUAGUAAAGCAGACGCUGAGGAUAUCAAGAAGCAUCCAUUCUUCAAAGGUGUUGAUUGGGAUGCCAUGCUGACGUUAAAGGUUCCACCGCCGUUUUAUCCUACUGUGGCAUCACCAACAGACGUAUCCAACUUUGACGAAGAAUUCACCCGUGAAAUGCCACAACUCACUCCAUGCACCAGCACACUUACCGCCACAGACCAGGAAGAGUUCCGUGGCUUCACAUAUAUAUCUGACUGGGCAAUGGAGGAGCGCAAGAAACAUGGAUUUAUGGUGCCGCCUCCGAGAGAGAAGAGGGUCAAGGAGUCUGCGAAGCCUCAAUAG